UCAACCUUUGAGAGGGAAAAAGAAGAUACACAUGAUCUAUAGAGCGCAGCGAUGUGGCAAAAACACGGCAAAGGUAAAGGCAUACAAGCUUACUGUUGCUGGAUAGGCAAAAAACAAAGCGUUGAAUCUAGAGGCAAAGGCAGAGGAGGAGUUUCUGGUUUUCCAAAACACGGCAAUGAUGAUUCUAGAGCCAAAUUCGGAACAGAGAAGGCCUCUGUAGCGUCGUCUUUCGAGGACUUGCCGGAGGAAUGCAUCUCUAACAUUAUCUCUUUGACGAGUCCACGAGACGCAUGUGUUGCUGCUUUGGUUUCGAAAACCUUUAAAUCUGCUGUUGACUCAGAUGCUAUGUGGGAGAAGUUUCUGCCGCCGGAUUAUGCAUCUCUGAUUCCUGGAUCGCGAGUUUUCUCAUCGAAGAAGGAGCUCUAUUUUGCUCUUUGUGAUCAUUUUCUCAUCGAAGAUGGCUCAAAGAGCUUCUGGUUAGAGAAAGCAAGUGGGAAGAAGUGUAUCAUGUUAUCCGCAUUGGACCUUGCAGUCGGAUAUGAAGAAGAUGCAUCAUUAAUACAUUCUCUUGAGUAUUGGAAAUGGUAUCCAAUUCCUGAAUCUAGGUUUGAAAGAGUAGGAGAGAUUGUAACAACGUUCGAGAUUCAUGGCAGUACAUAUUCUAGUAUCCUAUCUCCAGAAACUCUUUACUCGGCUUACGUUGUGUUCAAGAAACUGGAUCAUUUUCGUGGCUUUGAGGAUUGCACCAUACAAGCGUACAUUUUGAUGGGAACGUUUGUUUCGAGAAGAUUAGUAUGCUUUGAUCCGGUUACAGAUGAGAACUUUGAAGGAUAUAACGGAAGGCUGAAACCAAAGCAGAGAGAAGAUGAGUGGAUGGAGCUUGAGCUUGGGGAAUUCUUCAAUGAAGCAGGAGGUGAUGAUGAAAUUAUUGUGACUGCUUCGCAAUAUAAGUCGAAUUUCCGUUGGAUUGAGGGAUUGGUCAUUGAAGGCAUUGAAAUUCGUCCUACAGAAAACCAGCAAAGUUUCUUUUCGUUAGAAGGUUAAUUUUAUUGCCAAAGUAAUUUGUUUGAGGCUUCUUUACAACCUUUUUUUUUUG